AUGAACCCUCAGAUGGGCCAGCAAGGCCAGGGCCAAAGCCAGCAAGCUGGUGCUGGUCAGGCACAGCAACGCCCGCCACCUAUGUAUCAACCCAACCAAAUCAGAAACCUUCCAACAUUGAGUGAUGAGGAAAAGUCCAAGUACGAGGCCGGAUUGCAGGGUCUUUGGAAUAAAGCCAACAACUCUCCCCAGAACAGCCCGGAUCACAUUGCUGCGCGUCAAAAGAUUAUAGAGUUCUCCAAGAUGCUUAUCACAAAGAUCCAGCAAAGACGCUCCCAGCAAAUGCAAGGACAGAAUGCCCAAAACCAGCAGGCCCGCCCUCAGCAAAUGCAACAGAACGCUGCUGGGCAAGCAAAUCAAGCACAGCCUCAGCAACAAGCUGCCGGGGCUGCUGCAGGUUCCCAAUCCGCUGCUGCUGCUGCCGUUCGACGAAACCCAGUUCCCGACCAUAUCCAGCAGCAUGUUAAUAAGAUUAAUUUUCGAGCUCCUCAGUCCGUCAUCGACAAAUCCGCUGCCGAGGCUACCAAAUGGAUAGAAGAGAUCAAGGAACGUUAUACCCGAGCCUUGAUGACUAUGGAUGCGAGCAAACAAAAGGUGGCUCAAAUUGAUAAAAUCAUCAAUGAUAGAGCCGCGGCCGGACAGCCGUUUAAAGAAGACGAGCUUCGACAGCUACAAUUGAAGAAGGAUCAGCAGCUCAAAGCCCAUACGGAUGCCCAUAAAUGGGUUGACAAUGUGCGCAAGCAACAGGGAAGUCUGCAGGGCACUGGCCAGGCUCAAGCACAAGCUCAAACUCAACCGCAAGCACAAAACUCUGCCAGGUUGUCGCAACAAGGAAAUCAGCCGGUGCAGCAGGCUGCAGCGACACAACAAAAUCAACCGCAAACACAGCCGAGGCCGCAGCAGCAGCAGCAGCAGCAGCAGCAACAACAACAGCCAACCCAGGCAGCGCAAAGCCAAGCUCAAGCGACUCAGCAACAGAACAACGCGCAAGCCAAUACUGCCCCUGUUAACGCGGCCGUCGAAGUUGCUAAGCAGCAGUUAGCCGCCGUCAGUCGAGCUUCCCCAGUGAACGGAACACCUGGAACAGCACCGGCGCAGGUACGUCCCGCGCAAGGGACACCUCAACCAGGACGCCAGCAACUACCAGCGGCGCAAGUUCAGGUUAAACAGGAACCUGGUGCACCCCCCAUGAAUCCUGUGAUGGCUUCGGCAGCUGCACAGAAUCAGGCUGGGACGCCGACCCAGCAGAACGCACCACGGAUCCCUACGCCCCAACAGGCGGCGGCUUCUGCUCCAGUAACGGCGGCGGGUCCUCAGCAGGCUCUCAGUCACUCAGCUGCGAUGGAUCUUGCAAACCAGAAGGCUAUUAACACUCCAGGAAGUGCCUCGGUGCCUGGCCGGCCUGCCGCAACUGGAACACCUACACCGGGUAGUGCAGUGAAUCAAGGAGUGAUGGGACCUAACGUUCCUCAGCAACCAACACCACAAGGUCAUCCACAUGCACAUCCUCCACAACCCCAACAAACGCCAAUGCAGUCUAAAAUGCCUAUCCCCAAGGUGCUUCCUGAAAAGGCUACAGCUGUGCCCCAAGGUGUUUCGGUUGGUGGUGGCGUGAACACUGGUCGGCCUACAAUGUCCCAAGGCAGCGGAACCCUUGGCGGCGUUAUGAAUCAACCGGCGAUGGCUAGAAUUCCGGCCUACAACCAUGAAGCUGAGGGAGAUCACGUUUUGAGUAAGAAGAAAUUGGACGAACUCGUUCGGCAAGUAUGCGGAGGCCCGGCCGAGGGGCAGGAUGGAAACCUGCUCACUCCUGAAGUGGAGGAGAACGUCCUAAACAUGGCAGACUCGUUCGUUGACAGUGUCCUCCAUGCGGCGUGUCGAAACUCAAAGGAGCGUGGUUCCAAAGUGCUCGAGAUUCGCGACAUUCAACUUGUCUUAGAGAGAACUUACAACAUCCGUGUCCCUGGAUACUCGUCUGAUGAGCUUCGUACUGUCCGCAAGAUCCAGCCAUCUACUGGAUGGAUUGCAAAAAUGAGUGCAGUCCAAGCGGCGAAGGUCAUGCCUGGCAAGGGUGAAUGA